AUGGCCAACGCCUCAACGCGCGUUAAGAAAGCGCCAGGGAUACGGCCACGUACGAGGGCAGAGUGGAAGAAGGCAUUGGGCGACGUGAAGAGAGAGUACAGGAACAGGCGGUACCGCUCUUGCGCAACGAGAUGCGAGGAUCUACUAGAUGGCGCCAACACACUGAAAACCGCCGAGGCAGUACAACUUGUGUAUCUACACUUCUACGCGGCCACCUCGCUCGAAAUGCAGGUCCGCAGUCUACACCACGCCUCGUCCUACCGUCUCACCCUCCGGGACCAGGCACGACUGCACUACCUCCAGGCGGCGACCUUGUCGGAGAGCGAGGCCAGGUCUCUCGACGAGGGCACGCCGGACCUGAGCGCUGGCGACGACGACGUCUCUACGAGAACAAACUCCCCAACACCGACGGUCACGAGCAGUGGGGAGAGCGCCGGCAAGACAGACAGAAUAAAGACCUUGGUCAGGGUCGACUCGCCGACACUGGGGGUAGCAGAAUACGGCGAGGCAGCACAUGACGACAAGCAAGAGCCUCUGUGUCUACCCUUGGCGAGCAUCGCCACGCCUGGAUCGACAGUGUCCGCCGUGGAGGACGCGGAGGCGAGACGGAACGCGAUGCAACGCUACGCUUCGACGCUGUCUGCGCUACAUCGGCAGAUUGUGACGGUACACCUGCCAGCGUUGAACGACGACGCUGCUCCGACGAGCGGCCUCGAUGAGGAGCCGAAAGCAGUGGAUAUUAAGUCCAAGUGCGAGAGGCUAAGACGUGAAGGUGGGAGGAAGAGAUUCGAUGCGGGGCGGUAUGAGAGGCUACGAGAGGCUGCCCUCGCGGACCUGGGAAACUGA